AGUUCAUACUACUUGCUUGGCUGUCUGCAUUUUAAUCUGAGAUUAUGGAUGAAUAUCAGAGUGCCCUAUGAUAUUUUGCACAAAAGCCUCAGUGUUCAUGGCUGUAUUCAGAGAUCCCAAAAUAGCACUGAGAAAGGAGUGACAUACUGACAUAGUCGUGGCACUGAAAGCACAAUGUCUGUAACUCAGAGCAAUGUGGCAUAUCAAAAUUUUGCUAAAGAGCCUGGGAGCCAAUUAAUUGUGAUCUUUCCUACUAUUCCUCAAGAGUCUAAUAAGAAGUUUGAAUUCAACUUUCUUCAAAGUCCUGGGAUUUGAAGCUUUACAGCAAUCAUCUAGCUAUAAUUUGUCAACUCGAAAGUUAUUGCUACACAAUCAUAGUUUAAAGUAAAAGAUGAUCUGAAGUUUCAUGAAACUCAGCCUCCUGAAGAAAGAAAAUGAUGAAGCAAAGGCAGGAUAAAGUGAAGACAUCGACCCGGAGAAAUGGUCAUACCCUGUUACUUCAAUUUGUAGGCCAAUCUUCAAAGUCCUCUCUGUGUUACCUAGGGAGGACACCUGAGUAUUAAUUGCAGUGAAUGUAAAAGACAUUUAAGUUUUUAAAAAAAGAUUAUAAAGAAACACGAGAUUUUUGUUCGCAACGUCCUGUUUCCUAUGAAGAGUAACAGCUGGAAUCCAGAGACAUCAGAAUGGAUUGUUAUAUCUUCCUAUCUUUUAUCCUGGGAAUUCCUCUCCUAUGGCCUUGUCACAAGGCUGCAGAAAACUAUAAAACCGAGAAGGUUAAGCAACCAGUGGGAUCUCACUUGAGAGUGAAGCGUGGCUGGGUGUGGAACCAUUUUUUUGUCCCAGAGGAAAUGAACACAACUAGGCAUCUCAUUGGACGGCUAAGAUCUGAUUUAGAUAAUGGAAACAACUCUUUCCAGUACAAACUAUUGGGAGCUGGAGCUGGAAAUAUUUUUGACAUUGAUGAUAACACAGGUGACAUAUAUGCCAACCAGAAGCUUGAUAGAGAAGAACAAUCCCUGUACAUUCUGAGAGCCCAGGUAAUAGACACCACUACUGGAAGGGCUGUGGAACCUGAGUCUGAAUUUGUCAUCAGAGUUUUGGAUAUCAAUGACAAUGAACCAAAAUUCCUAGAUGAACCUUAUGAGGCCAUGGUACCUGAGAUGUCUCCAGAAGGUACGUUUGUCAUCCAGGUGACAGCAAGUGAUGCAGAUGACCCUGCCAGUGGCAAUAAUGCUCGUCUCCUCUACAGCUUACUACAAGGGCAAGCAUAUUUUUCUGUUGAACCAACAACAGGAAUCAUAAGAGUAUCUUCUAAAAUGGAUAGAGAGCUACAAGAUGAGUACUGGAUAAUUAUUCAAGCCAAGGACAUGAUUGGACAGCAUGGAGCACUGUCUGGAACAGCAAGUGUAUUAAUUAAACUUUCAGACAUUAAUGACAAUAAGCCUAUAUUUAAAGACAGUUUUUAUCGCCUAACUGUCUCUGAAUCUGCACCCGCUGGGAAAACUAUAGGAAAAAUUACAGCAUAUGAUAAUGACAUAGGAGAAAAUGCAGAAAUGGAUUACCUUAUUGAAGAUGAUGAUUCUCAAACAUUUGACAUCAUUACCGAUAAUGAAACUCAGGAAGGAAUAGUUACAUUAAAAAAGGAAGUGGAUUUUGAACAGCAGAGCCAUUAUAGCAUUAGAGCCAAAGUUAGAAACCGCCAUGUAGAGGAGGAUCUCAGGAACUACCAUGUGGAAGCUUCCAGCACUUUCAUUAAGGUGCAAGUGGAAGAUGUUGAUGAACCUCCGGUUUUUCUCUUCCCAUACUAUGUAUUUCAAGUUUUUGAAGGAAACCCAAAUGGAUCAUUCAUAGGCAUAGUGUCUGCCAUAGAUCUAGAUCAAAGGAAAUCACCUAUCAGAUACUCUAUUACCAGAAGCAAAGUGUUCAGUGUCCACGACAAUGGUACAGUCAUCAACACUGACCAACUUGACCGGGAGAUCAGUGCUUGGUACAACCUAAGUGUCACAGCCACAGAAAGAGAUAAUGUACAACAAAUCUCUUCAGUCCCUGUGUAUGUACAAGUGCUUGACAUUAAUGAUCAUGCUCCCGAGUUCUCUCAAUAUUAUGAGACUUAUGUUUGUGAAAAUGCAGAGUAUGGUCAGAUAAUCCAGACCAUCAGUGCAGUAGACAGAGAUGAAUCAGUAGAAGAUCACCAUUUUUACUUUAACUUAUCUGUGGAAGACACAAGCAACUCAAGUUUUAUAAUCAUAGAUAACCAAGAUAACACAGCUAUAGUUUUGACAAAUAGAACUGGUUUUAGCCUUCAAGAAGAGCCUGUCUUCUAUAUAACUAUCUUAAUUGUUGACAAUGGAAUUCCACCACUUACAAGCACAAACACCCUAACAAUAAAUGUUUGUGACUGUGAUGACAGUGGGAAUGCUCAGACCUGUAGUAAUAAGGAAUUAAUCCUUUCCAUGGGAUUUGGGAUAGAAAUCAUUACUGCGAUUCUGAUCUGCAUUAUGCUAAUAUUUGGAUUUAUAUUUUUCAUGUUGGCUCUAAAACAACGAAGAAAACAGACUCUAUUUCCUGAGAAAAGUGAAGAAUUCAGAGCCAAUAUAUUCAGAUAUGAUGACGAGGGGGGUGGAGAAGAAGAUACAGAAGCCUUCGAUAUGGUAGAGCUGAGACACAGCGCCACUAAGCGGGAGCAGAAGGCUCGGAAAACAACCAGGUUUGAGAUCCAGAGUCUGCACCGGCAGUCUUUGCAGGUUGGCCCAGAUAGUGCUGUGUUCAGGAAAUUCAUUCUUGAAAAGCUGGAGGAAGCCAACACUGAUCCAUGUGCCCCUCCCUUUGACUCACUUCAGACCUAUGCCUUCGAGGGAACCGGGUCAUUAGCUGGUUCGCUGAGCUCCUUAGGAUCAGAAGUCACUGAACAGGAUGAAAAUUUUGAUUAUCUCAAUGACCUGGGACCUCGCUUUAAAAGAUUAGCAUACAUAUUUGGUUCUUCAGUGCAGUCAAACAAAUAAGGUUUCAGAGCACCAAGAUUCAAAAAGCGCUAAUUGUUAAUGUGUGGUUGGGCAAAUAGGAGUCUUGAUCUACAAAGUUGUGUGCUUUGGCUUUCUAGGGGUGGGGGGUCUCCUGCUUUACAGUUUUCUGAUAUCCUUGGAACAAAUACCCUAAGAUUAUUUCAAGGUACCCACAUAUUGUCUUUGAACAAAAAGUGUUGGAAGAUAUGUUAAAAAUAAGAUUUUAGAUGCCAGUGCAAACCAGUUCAAGUAUGACUGAAAUAUUCCCCUGAAAGUUUUCAAUAUUAUCUAAUAAAAAUUCUUAACAUUUUUGAAGGGCUGAUGUGAGAAAGGCUCUAAAUUAGACCAUCUUAAUAUUAUCUACUUUAUCCAUAUUUUUAUUCUUACAAAGUAAGAAUAAGGUGUUUAUGUAGGUUAAAUUACUGAUACUAUGCAGAGAAAACUUUAGCACCUAGAAGAAUCUGGGUGCUUAUCCAAAGGUGUGAAAACAAUGACAAUAUGAAUAAGCAGGUUGCUGAAUGAGAGUCUGUGAAUCAUGUUUGUUUGAUAUUUUCAAAUCUUUGCCAAGAUCACUGUUUAAAACUUAUUUCAAAUUUGUGCAGAUAAUUGGUAUAUAUGAAUUAAUGAGAGUUAUAUACUCUAAAUUUGUAUUGUUUUUAUUAUUACACCUUUGUAUAAAAGAGAAGAAAAUAUGCUCAAGAGUUUUUCAUAGAUUUUGUACAUAUAACCCAAAAUACACUUUUUUCAUGUCAAUAUACAAUGACAAGCUGCAUGUCAGCAUUUAAGCAUUAUUAAAUUAAAUUUUAUAAAAUUGGUAAAAAGUGUGAAAAUAUCUAAGUAAGUUUGUAUUUCUUGCAAAAUUAUAUAGGUAAAUGAAAGUACUAUUGGAUUCAAACUUGAAUUACCAUAAUUAUCAACUGCAAUGACUCAAUUUUCAUAUAAUGCAAUUCUCUGCAUUUCUUUCUCUAUAAAGAAUGUAGGCUAAAACUCAUGAUGCAUCAGUACUAUUUGAUUUUUAGUACCAAGUAUGAAAUUAGGUAUAUUAGUUACUUUCAUUGUAGUAUUGUGAAGGAAGUAAAUACUUAGUGAUUGGACAUAAGCUUUAGGGUAACAUAGGAUAUAAGAUAAUAAAAUUCUUUAAUUUUAAUUGAUAUUUUAAGAAUGGUUCUUACUAUGUCUAGAUUAAAUGGACUUCAAAAGAAAGAGUUGAACAGAAAAUAAAGCAAUGAAAACAAUGUUCUUCAAAUAGGUUCCAUGACUAUUUUUUAUUAAUGGCAUGUGAGAUUGAGCUGAAUCAAACUGAUCAUAGAUAUUUCAAUCAAAUAUUUCAAGUAAUGUUGAGCUAUGGUUCAGCAGUUGAAUGGUUAUAAUGAUUUUUUUCUGUACUUUCAAACUUAAAUGUCCAUAUUAUAUAAUAAAGUUUUCCAUCAAUAUGAA